AUGUCCAUGGGUCCAUACAUUGGGAGUGCAAAGUCUCAAGUCAGGAGCAUUCUAGACGACAUGAAUCGCGUCUUUCUCAAACAAGCCGAAGUUAGGGUUGCGGUGGUGGGUUACAAAGACCACUCUGACAACCCAAGUAUUCAAUUCCUGGACUUUACAAAGUCUACCGAUCAAGUGCGAUCCUUUCUCGACAAGCUAGCUGCUACCGGCGGACAUGAUCCGCCUGAAGAUGUUCUUGGGGGGCUUCAGCAGGCGCUUGGCGCAACCUGGAAACAACACACACGAGUCGUCCUUCACAUCGCCGAUGCCCCGCCUCACGGCCGUACACUCCAUGACGCCGCCGACGAGUAUGACGACUAUCCCAACCCGGGCAGCGAGCCUCACGGAUUGACCUAUCAGCCGAUACUCAAGCAUCGCAUGGCCUUGCUAUUUUUGAAAGAAUACGCCAGGGCCGGGAGCGACUGUAAGCUAAGUGAGAAGAACAGAUACUAUAGGGAAGCUAGUGGUACCAAGAACAACGAUAGCACGCCGAACGGCGGCUUAGUGUUCUGGGAGGCUGAGUUAGGUCUCACAUUCGCCGCACUACAGCGUCUCGUCGUCGAGGCCGUCACUACUUCGGUGAUGAGUAGUACUAUAAGAUCUUUGACUGCGUCUGGAAGCAUCGAAAGGGCGCGGGGCGGAACUAGUAGUCAGAGAGUGGACUACUCUAGACUUGGAUCCAUUCAGGAGAAUGAAGAGCUUCCCGUACGCCGGCCUGACGUUAGGCUGGAAAAAAGCAGCCCGCAAUGGGGUAAGCUGGAGUGGUUUGACGAGCGUCUCGUGGUGGAGGGCUUUUCGAUCGAUGCCACUGUCACUGUUGGCUUGGACGACGGCUUCGCCCUCGGCACUAGCAUGCUCGACCGCAUGAUGGAAUCCGAUACGAACAUGCCAGUCAGCGUUUUUGGGCUCAAUCUUUGCAAACGAAGAACUCCUUUUGCUAAAGGAGCCUUGCGGUUGGCCUCAUUUGCCUGCACCGAGUGUUCGAGAAGCCGGCACGUGGUGAAGGAGUUCAAGACUGAUGGUGACGAUGAGGACGAUGGUUCAGGCAACCGCAGCCUCGCCCAUCUCGUUGAUGACAUGCGCUCGCAAGCCCUUUGUAAGGCCUUUGCACUCGAAUUCAACUCCCUCUUGGCUGACUGUCCCGAACACAAUAUCGACUUUGUCGUCACGUCCUGCUUCAAGUGCAAUGACAGGCGUGGGAGUCAAGGCAAGUGCAUGUCCAUCGAGCCUUUCCUUGCCGGAAAGUUUGUCAAGUACAACGGCAACGCGGGAUACGCCAACAAAGAGGCCAAUCUCACCCACGACCCUUCCAACCAGGCUGCUCAGGCGUUUUCACACUUUACGUUCGAGCGCUCGCGCGGCCGGUUCCUGGUGUGCGACCUGCAGGGCGUGGGCAAGACCAUGACGGACCCGGCUAUCCACACACUCGACCCGUACCGGUUCUCACUGUCACAGACCAAUCUCGGUGCUGAAGGGUUCAUGUUCUUUUUCGCUUAUCACGAGUGCAACCACCUUUGCCGCCGGCUCCAGCUGAGGAGCAGCGCAACGAUGUUCAUGGGUGAUGGCAAGAAGAUGCAGUUUAGGGAUUUUUGGCCUAGCCAGCGCUUGGGAAACCGUCUUUACGGUGGCGAGGCGGUGAUCUGCUGCUCGAACAAGCUGUGUGGGAGGAUGUUGAACCGGUCCCAGGCGGCGACCUCGAAACAUUCAAGUUUUCCUGGGUACCGUUGGUGCGACGAGUGUUUGCCGCAGCUGGACGAAUUCAAAGUGAUUCGGUUGUGUUGGCCUGUAGGUGAGCAGGGCCAUCGGUUUGAGGUUUCGGGAUUCUUUUACGAGUCGCAAGGCAAAAGGAUACCUCUGAGGUGUCCCAAGCAUGACAAGUAG